AUGGCAGUUGGAUUCCGACCUAACAUCUCACCAAUUAAAAAAGGCAAUACCAUUACAAAGGGGUCGUGGUUAAGUGAUAUGGAGGUGGAUGGAGGCUGUAAGGAAACCGUGAUUGGAAACAAAGCGGUGCAAAAUGCGACAUCAUCCCAACCUCGGCGCCGCCGAUUGCUCUUGUCGACGGAUAGUGCUUUCGCCGAUACCGUCCUCCCGUCCCUCGUUCAGAACCCAUACAUCGAGCUGCGACUGAUCACCGACGAACCCUCCGCUUUGCUCACGGGCACCAACAAGAUCCCGCACUACAUGGAUACAGUCGAUAGCCAAACAUUUGAUAAGAAAACCGGCGCGCGGAAAUGGCUCAAGGCGAAGACGGCGGAGCUGUGUGAAUGGGCGGACAUGCUCUUGGUUGCGCCCAUCGAUGCUGGGGCUCUGGGGGCGAUGUUGGCCGGCUUGACGAAUACCUUGACGUUGGCGCUUCUUCGUGGCUGGGUCUCGAAGAAACCUGUGAUCCUCAUUCCUGGAAUGACAGUGUCGGAAUGGGACCACCCGCUCAGCACUCGGCAACUCGAUGAAAUCAGUCGUUUUUGGCCUUGGAUUCGCACUGUCAAGCCUGUGCUCUGGAAGUCGAACGGGCCCGAAGACCUGACAAUACUACCAUGGGACGGCCUGGAGGAGUUACACCAGACACUGGAAACAACGUUAAAAGUACCGCCGUGGGAAGCUACCCUGUCGACCAGAGCAAUCCCCCAUGGCACCACGGUCCCGGUUAAGACUGCAUCGAAAUCUACAUCAGGAACCGCCACCGGCUCCACACCACAAACGAAACAUACCGGCAAUGCCGAUUUUUUACCAUUGGAAAUUUGGCUGAAUGUGUUUGAGGAUCAACUUCGAGACUGGGAAACAGCGAAAGCUGUGGGCAUUCCAACUCACCUCCCAGUCCCUCAAGAAUGGCAGAGCCAUCUACCCAAAAUGUCUACUACAGCCUCGCUCGAAUAUACUAUUUUGCGAGGAUCCUUCGCUGCAAUCAAAAAACGCAUUGAUGCGCUACCUCGCUGGAAACCUCUCUCCGACCUCGCUUGCCACCUCAUCGUCAAAUUCUCCCGCACCGACAUCCUCUCCUAUCUCACCGAAAACCACCUGGACCUCCUCUGGACAACCUCUCGACUCACUAAUAUUCCAUACCGAGCAUCUGCAAUCUACGGCAACCCGAACGUACUGACAUGGUGGCGCGAUGCGCCCGCUCUCCCAAAUAAAGAGUACAUGGCCGACGCCAUGGACGGCGCCUCCCGAGCCGGGUUCGUCGACGUACUAGAUUGGUGGCUCCACUCCGGGCUCCCGCUACGAUACAGCGAGCGUGCCCUUGAAGCCGCCAGCGCGGAAGGCCGCGUCCCCGUACUCGACUGGUGGAAAACAGCAUCCACCAACGCCCCAGUGUCCAGCCCUUUACCUCUCAAAGUCGGCAAAUCCGUUUUACUCGCAGCGCAGUCAGGCCGCACCGCAUCACUGGCUUGGUGGGACGCAUCAGGCAUCCCAUAUAGCCACGCCGAGAACGUUGCUCGUAUCGCGAGCACGCACGGUCAUGUCCACGUCCUUGAAUUCUGGUACAAACUCAAGGGCCCAAAGAUGAUCUUUGAUAACCAGGUGUUAGUGGGCCCGACGAAGAACGGCCACGACCACAUUCUGCAGUGGUGGAAAUCCUGCGGUAUGCGCGUUGAAUUCAAGACUUGUGACAUUGAAGAAGCGCUUGAGGAUGCCGAUCCGAGCUCUGGCGCUGAGGGUCGUGUUCGGCGUUGGUGGGAGCGGAAUGGGCUGAAUCUUGGAGUUGGUACGAGUGAAUGGAUGAGAUCGAAGGUUCUGUGA